AGAUGCAGACACAAUAUCCAACCCAAGCCGUCCAUCUCGAAGUGCCUCCACAGUACCCACAGUUUCCUUCCAUGCCAUCAGCCCAUCUAGAAAGCCAUGGAGAAAGGAAAGUCUGUCCUCAGGAGGAAAGUGUGUAACAUGAUAUUCAUUUUGAAUACAGUCCUAUCUCCCGAUACAAUAUAAUAUUUUGACUAUACAGUUAGUUAGUCCUUAGCCUGUUCCAGGCGUUCGGAUAGUGAGGAGCGGUGCGAAGUAAAAAGGAGCGCGAAGGAGGAGAGGUGAGAGAGGGAACGCCUGUAAGAUUUGUUUUAAAUAAGGCAGGUACAAAAGUCGGACCGGAUCAACUCGGACCGCCAGUCCGGGUCGGAUCAACUCGGAUCGACUCGGACCAACUCGGAUCGAAUAAAAAAAAUAAAAGUAACGUAAUAUAUAGAUUUAGCCAGGGCUAAAAGCGAAGCUCCCGUUAAUAAAUUCAUAAUUUAAAUCGAACAUUAAACUUGUAAUCCACAGAUCAGGGCACAUUCAUGUGACUUUUGAGGCAAAGGCUAAGUGAGUUUAGAGAAAAAUAAUUUGACAGUCCAAGAGUGAAACAAAUUUUACAUCGAGUUAAUAGUCUUAAUUGCACACCCAAAAAUAGCAAUCAUGUUCAAUCACAGUAGAUUAGGCCUGGAAAGUGUAUUGUAUUUGCAUUAACUGUUGCAUCAUAAUGUGGCAUUCACCAGUCUGUCCAACACUACUCCGUUUGAGAGACUAAUAAUUGGACUACCCCGAAAUAUAAUACUAUGAAGGAACGGUGAAGCAGACUAUUUUUCCCGAAACUUUGCGUACACAUUAAGGACAACAACAACUUGCCACAUGGUAAGUCUCAUCGAUUUUUUUCCAUUUUCUAGCAAAUUUCCAGACCUAAACUUUGCCCCAUGUGUUCUCUAUAUUUAAGCAUGUUAUGAAAUCUGAACGUGACACUAACAGUGAGCCUGGGUUACCUUUGAUGAAAGCACGCCCUUCCUUUGCACAGCAAAUUAUAGCAUUGACCACAUUAUAAAACGUUUUCAUGAACAGAAUUCCAUAAUGCCGGGACUUUUCAGUUAGAAAAUUCUGGUCCUAUGUGAUAUGCAGGGUAAUAAUUAUGGGCUUUUAGUGAAAACGAUAAAAAAAUUCCCAAAAUCACUUUUUCGGCCAGCCGGACGGGUUCUCACUUUUGACAGGCACCAAAUUUGCAGUGCGAUUAAAAGAGUUACCAUUUACGCUUCAACAUGAUAGAGAAUUUGUUAUGUUUAGGUUUCAUUCCCUUUAUUUAUAAAACUGUUCAUGGUUUUGUCAUGUGUAAUCUUUAAAAGCGAGUGAUAAUUUAGCGCGGCGUCUUGAGUAUUCCUGCAUGCGAUGUUUAUGUUCGCCUCGAAACAACCGGUACAGCUAUAAAAAUUGCAAGAGGGACUACUAACAAUCAAUAAAAUAAAUGUAAUUCGGUGAAACAUGUACAGAGACAAUAAUUUUCAUUCACGAAGACAAGUAUUGAGAGUAAAGUGUCUCUGAAAAUCAAGAGUCAGGUAAGCAUAAGCUUAUUUAUGUUUUAAGCCGGCUUCCCGGUGCUUGCUCUUUUUCAAGAUGAACUCGAGGCAAGAAAAUCGUUCAGAGCUUUCUGUUUACAACCAAAAUCACAACUAAAUAUUCUUCGGAACCUUUUCUUUGAAUCUGCGGUCAAAAAAAUGUCUAAAGGCUUUUUAAACCUGAUACUAUUGUAGGUUAGUGCUCGUGUAUAAACAAUACGCUCGACUUCAGGAAACCGAAAAAAAAAACACAUCAAAGACAAUAAUUGCUCCGGCUUAUCGGUCGAGAUGCUGCUUCUGUAGGUCAUCAAGUGUUCCAGAAUCGCUUGAGACUUUUCAACCCUCUUACGCCUCAAGCAAGGGCAAGUGAGUAAGCUCAUUUUUGAAAACGAUGCCAUCCGAAAUCGGAUUUCCAAUGACUUUGACAAGCGGUGCAUUUGUCAACAAAAAGCACAAUAAACAAACCAGCCAUGAAUUACCGAACAAUCUUGGUAGCAGCUGUAUUUCAUUUUGUACAGCAAGUGGAAAAAGACAGUUUAAAACAUUACAAGAUGGCACAAAACUCUGUCAGCUUCAGCUAUCAGUAAGCAAGUUUCCAGACGCUGCAUAAAUUUUCCGAAUGAACUCACCUGUCAAAUUUUGACCAAUCAGAACAUAAAAAUUGGACGUAGAGCGUGAUCAACGCGGACAGUGAGAAAAGUCAAAAACGAUUGCCUUCCCUGCAUGUAAAGGCCGGUUGAAUUUUCGCGUCUGCGGUCAGUUCGAAAUCAAAAUUUUAAAAGUGCGGCUCAUGAACACGACUUAUUUCAUACCUGCAUUUUAAAAAAAUUGAACUUGAGCCUGCAAUCAUUUGAAAAGUAGCAACUUGUCAGCGGAUAACUUCAAAAAACACUCGAACUCAGUGGGUCGAUACCUGAGCCCGCGAUACGGUCAGGCGAUACUGGUCAGCAGAAACACUAUUUUGACAGCUGUCAAUUAAUCAAAACAUGGAUGUACAAUAUCAGGUUGCAGGCUCCCAAACUAGCUGGAAAGUGUGAGAUUAAACAUUGGUAUGCCUGUCGUGCGGACGGACGGGAGGUCGGGUGGUCGAUGUACGGUCACGUGAUUGCGAAUUUUCUCGGAUGGAUAAAUUUUCUAAGCUAUGGGUGACCUCAAUGGAUAGAAAAAUGAGCCCGCGAUACAGUCAGGUGAUGAUGGUCAGCUAUACUCUAGUUUGACAGCUGUCAAUUAACCUUCAUUAGAAUGGCGAAUAUUCGAAUUAACAGACUACUAGUGUGAGUAAGACAUAUCCGUCCGGCUUGUAGUGGAAAAUGCCAGAUCGUGUACCUGAGCGAACCUGAGCCCACGUUAUUAGUUUUCUGAUAGUGGUCUUCACAUAUCCCAUUUUGACAGCUGUCAACUGACCUUAAUUUAGCUUGCCAAUAUAACUUUAAACAACGGUCAGCCGACUGACAGCCCUGCCCGAGGUAGUUUCGUUUUUAUGUUGAAUUGGUAAGUGUGACAUAUUAUAUCAGCUUACAUGUAGCGGCAAAACGACUGGUCUUUGAUGUGAGCCCGCAAGAUGGUCAUGUGAUAAUUGUCAGCGGAUGUCUGAUUUUGACAGCUGUCAAUCUAAUCUUACUCAUACGGAUGGCUUACAAAACUGAAAGGCUAGUCAAGUUGUACAAGAUCUAUUGUGACAUUUGACAUCGGCUUGCAUGAAGUGUGUGUACGGGUGGGCGGGCGGGCGGGCGUACGCUACGUCAUAAGCAAAUUUUCUCGGAUGGAUAGUUUACCAAAUUUUGUUACCCAUGGUGCUCCGCUGCGCGCGCUUCGCGCGCGGGAGCUCCGCUAGAAUUGGACUCGGAUCAACUCGGAGCAAUCAAAAAAAUUAAAUUAAAUCAGCAAAACUGAAAGUUCAACCCAUUUGGAGGGUUAAAAAGGCCAGAUCAUCCUUUUUUUUCUCCAUGGCUUUCAGGCGCCAUUUUGUUUUACUAGUGCCAGUUCGUCUCUGAUCAUGUUAUAAACUCGUAGUUGUGGUUCGGAAGUAAAGAAAUGAUAGUUUUCAGUCGCCUAGCUAGAAUGUAUAUAUUUGCUUAUUUAUUAGACUACUGAAUUAUUUAUGAGACAAGCAUCAAAAGCCUGGUCUGUUGAUCGCAUUUAGAUAGUUACCGAAGAGUGUUUGUUUGUUUGUUCCUCUUUGGGUUUUUUUCUGCAGGACUUCUGAAACUUAAUUUUAAUGAUACACUAGUGAGCAGCACACAUACAUGUCCAGUGAACAUUUUCAACUUGGAAGGAGGAGAAACCAUGCUCGCCCGGGACAAAGGAAAUUUCCAUGCCCCAGGCAAGAAUCGAACUCGCGACCCUCCGGUUCAGUGAUUUGAACGUCCCAUAAACAUGUAGUAUUCGGAGGGUCGUGAGUUCAAUUCUCGCCCAGGGGACGAAAAUUUUCGUUGUCCCGGGCGAGCAUGAUUUCUCCUCCUUCCAAGUUGAAAAUGUUCACUGGAAGUGUAUGUGUGCUGCUCACUAGUGUAUCAUUAAAAAAAAUAAAAAUAAAAUUAAUUUCCGCAACCACGAGUUCGUGAGAAAAAAACAAAAUGGCGGGUGAAAGUUAAGUGAUACCGACUGAUUUUAUUUUUCUUUUUAUAAUCCGAGUUGUUUUUUUUUUUUUAUGAUCCGAGUUGAUCCGAGUCCAAUUUUAUUUUAUUUUUAUUUUUUUAUUUGAUCCGAGUUGGUCCGAGUCGAUCCGAGUUGAUCCGACCCGGACUGGCGGUCCGAGUUGAUCCGGUCCGACUUUUGUACCUGCCUUUUUAAAUAGACUCUUCCGCCCACUCAGACCGCAUCAGCUGUAGGUGGUCUUCACUUGUCAAUCAAGACUGGUGUUACAGCCCGAUACAUUUAUUGUUUUUCUUGCGAAUACGCUAAAUCGAAAUUUCUCAGAUCAAAAAUUAAAAUUUUGUAUACAUUAUCUUACUAAAAACCUAAUGUAAGACUUUCAGACAACAGAGAGCGGGAGAAGUAUUCAUGUACAAUGAGUUUAUUUACGGCUUUAAAACAUGAUUUCAGCGUGUAGGUGACAAAAAAAUAUCGCUCAUUUCGAUGGAAAUCCGUUUCAAUACAGAUCGUUAACUCAAGCAAUGAAAAUGCACAACAAUUGAAGAGAAAAUUUACUAUUCGGUGAUUGAGUGCACCUCGUCAAUAGCGAUAGCUGCAACUUGCUUCCAAGCUUUCCUUUUUGAAGUCCUUUUGUCCAUUCCUUAGACAACCACGAUUUGGGACUGCAGUGUACAAUUCCACAGCUUCCACUUUUAACGGCUUCAUUCACAUCUUCUCCCAUCAUUGCCGCCGAUACUCCGAUUUUGUUCAAAUGUUCCACUUAGUCUUUCAUGAUGGCAAUCAACGAAGCUACCACAACAAUCGUAAAUGGCAUUCUAUCCUGCCUUCAUUCCAACGCACGCUUUAUUGGAGGAAAAAGCUGGAAAAUAAGACCUUUUCCAAAGCCAGUGAAAUUGCGGAGACACUUAUCCUACCGACUACGUGUUUUAAACAGUUUCUUUGCUCUUCGCGUUUAGCCUCCACGUUUGGAAAGUCUCUCAGCGCUGUGUCUGAGAUUUUUAUUGUCCUGCUGUAAUUUGUAAUAAUUGUCAUAAUUUGCAAUAGCUGUCGUAAUUUGUAAUAAUAAGCAUUGUUUAUACUUUUCAAUCAAAAGGCUUGUUUUUUGAGUGGACUUUGAUCGUCAAGGGGACAGUACAAGGUUGAUCUGGAAGGACACAAUGAAGGAUUUCAGCUCUUUUUUAGGAUCAACCUGUUAAUUACCUUUUGGAAUGAAAAUUUUAAAUGAAAAACGAAGGUAAUCUGAGCGAGUGAUCUCAGACUCCUGCAAAGAGUUUCAAAUUUAGCGAAAGUUUACAAAAAUGAUCAGUCAUUCGGACCAUCUAUCAAGUUCUAGUAUGCCCUGCUGUGGUAUAAGACAGGUGAUGAAUAUAGAGAAUACUUCAUGGAAAGUGCUGGCGUACGGUAUUUACGCACGAGUUGUUGACGUAUCAGAAAUCGAACGAGUGAGCGCAGCGAACGAGUAAGAUUUCUGAUACGCCGCUACACACUUACCGCAAAAUGACAACGAAAACGAAGUAUCAGCUUUUUAGUAAAAACGUUUGUUAAAAACAUAAAUGACGGUAAGGAUAUGGGGUAAUCCAAGAACUAUAAGUUAUCUUAACUGUUUGUUCUCAAUCCACGAUUGAAAAUGAGUGAAUUUAAGUAAAAUGGCCGGUUUCAAUAUAAGCUUAAGCUUAAAUGAAAGGCAAAGUAGCUCCGACAAAAAGAACAACAAAAGCUUACGUCUUGUUCUGUUUUUCCCUUUCUGCUGUUGUUUCGCCGGCUCUCCACCGUUUUCUUUAUCGACAGUGAAACAAACAAAACUAUUCCACUCCAUUUCCGAAAUGUUUUUCACUUUUUCAGCGAGAAAAAUUCUUUGAGUAAAACUUUUCUCGUUGAAUGUGUGUGAAGCGGCGCUGCAAGCUGCAAUAAAGGCGGGAAUUUUGGCGCGAAACUCACACACCUCUGUGGCUUCUGAUUGGACGUAUCAUUUUUCUCACACGUGAAAAAACAUCGUUCGCGAUUCUGAUUGGACGUAUCAUUUUUUUUUCACGUGUGAAAACCAUCGUUCGCUCCUCUGAUUGGCUGGAACUAAUUUGCGUACGAAAAUUUACGACAUAGCUUUUUGGUGAGUAUUUCUCAGUAUGUAUAUAAUAAAAUUUUAUACGCCUAAGUUGCUUUGAAUGAUAGUUAUGGUAAUAAUAAUGAUUAUGAUAAAAAUAGGAAUAAAUAAAUCCCCUAAUACUUUUUUAUGCUGUUUCGCGUCUUAUUCAGCAACCCUUACUGAGGGUUGGAACAAUUUUGGAUCAACCUCCCUCCUUCUAUUGGUCUUUGUUCCUUAUAGUUUACAUGUUCCUUCGUGUAAACAUUCAAAUCGCGGGUGUGGUGUUGCAGAGGGUGUGAUUGUUUCAACUGUUUAUUAUUUAAUUAUUUCAAAUUUUACAAGCAAUAUCCACUGCCCGCAGUUAGUAAUUAGUCGAAGCGAGCAGCGGCUACGCGUAUUUUGUAUAAUUCUAACAUAAUACUAAAUAAUCUCUGCUGGACAAGAUUUAAAAGACACCGAACCUGAAUGCAUAAGUAAAACCAUAAGAAAACAUCGAUAAAUUUUAUUGUUUUUCGGUGGAUAAGACAUUAAAAAAUGAGACACUAACUUAAACUACUAAAAAUUGGACAGGUUUAUACAACUUUAUAGGGACUCAUUUUCAAAGUGAUGAAAAAUUUCUCGAAACAUCAUUCUGAUAUAACAAUGAUAUUCCUUUUAAAAAAGUAAUAAUUAUUCACCACAAUUAAACAAAUUCCAAUGAUUUUAAUCAUUCAUGUCCUAUUGAAGUUUUAUGACAAAUUUUUUGAAAUAAAAGUUAGCUUAAUUCAAACGCGUUCCGACAGUAAGAAAACAAGUCUAUUUUCUGCAACUCAACAUUGUUUUACCUUAAAUGUGCUUCUUUUCUCCUUCAACGUUCAGCCAUGCAUUGGGGCCUUUUUUGCUUGAAAUAUUCUACGAACUACUCAGUUUAACGCAGCGCCACAGCACUACACAAAAUCUCCCAAAUUACCCUAAAGAGUGGGCCCAGCGAGCGCCUGUUGUAAAUAAUAUAACAGGUAAAAUUGAGUGAAAAAAUUAAGAAAUAUUUUUACAAGUUAGAUCCUCUGUUUAUUACAAAUUACGACAAAGUUAUUACGAAUUACUACAACUUUGCUUAUUACAAAUUACGACGAAGUGUUGUUACAAAUUACGACAGCUUUUGUAUAAUUACGAAUUGCGACAACAUUAUUACAAAUUACGACAGGUAUUACAAGUUACGACAGAACAUUUAUUUCAUAUCUUACGAAAUCAUUAAAACUGUGAUCUUUGGAAUACAAACAAAGCAGCUUUUCGGGCCGGAAGAAGGCGUACGCGCCCAGUUACCCGGGACAUCUGCUUACAAGAGGUUAAACUUGAUGUAAACUAAUUAUUGACGUAUGGUAAGUUUUGAGUAAUUCACUAUUUUUUUUUCCAUAGCUAUCACCCACUGGAACCCGAGCAACCCUAAGAGCCACCUGCUCGGCGGCUUUCAUUACAACACCCAGAGUGGGGUCCUUACAGUUCCAUAUACUGGACGCUACUACGUCUACGCCCAGGUCUUCUUUGUCGCCAGGCCAUUUCUGUCAAAAAACCGCGUGCUCGUCAUGGCAGGCAACAGAGUUCUUCUCAUGAUCCACAAGGAUUUGCUAGGAGAUCCAAUUGAAGAGACCGGAACUGCUGGAGGGGUGUUUGUAUUGUCUGCAGGCGAGCAGAUCUCCCUGAAGCCUACAACAUAUGAUACCGCGCUGUGGUUCGGUCCAAAUCAUUGCUAUUUUGGAGCAUAUAUGGUCUCCCCUUAGGAGUAAUACUAGUAAAUCAGACUUAUUUCUUGGUCAUCAAAAUAAAAUGCUAAACUUAACG